AUGAUGGCUGUGAAUUCUCUUGCGGGGCAACCAUCCGUAUAUGCGAAAAUCUUGGGGAUGUUUCCACAGAACCUGUCGUUCGCAUUUGCUUAUGGUUCAGGCGUUAUGAAGCAAAGUGGAGCCAGUCGCAAGUCAAAAAAUAUGAUUGAUCUUAUUUUUGCUGUGGAUAGUUCAUCCCUUUGGCAUGCAGAAAAUAUACGAAGAAACCCGAAACAUUAUUCUCAUUUAAAGUGGUUCGGACACAAUUUUGUCGCCAAUUUCCAAGAACACUGGGGAGCUAGGGUGUAUUUCAAUACUUUAGUGCCAGUGGAAGGUGAAGAUGUAGUGAUAAAGUAUGGGAUUAUAUCUCGUCAAGCAAUGGAAACUGACUUGUUGGACUGGUGUGAUUUGUAUGUUGCAGGACGCCUCCAUAAGCCAGUUGUAAUAUUAAAACAAGCUACAAACUCCCAUUUGCGCUCAGCAUUGCAUCAAAAUCUGUACAGUGCUGUCCACGCUGCUUUACUCAUUCUUCCAGAAACAUUUACGGAAACUGAUUUUUAUCGGUGUAUUGCUGGAUUGUCGUAUUCUGGUGACUUUCGUAUGACAUUUGGGGAAGACAAGAAUAAAGUUGUCAACAUAGUUGCCCCGCAAGUGGAAGCUUUCAGGAGCCUUUAUGCACCUGUUGUAAAAUCCCUUCAAGAUUACAUGCAUAUGCCAGUUCUAGUGGGUGAAGGCGAAUGCUGUUGCCAGGAUAUUAGCCCAAGUGCCCGAAUGUAUCAUCUUAAUCAGCUUCCCAGAACGCCCCAAAGAGCAGUAGUGAGAUUUUGGAAUACUAGGGGUCCACGCCGCCUUCGUCAGGAUACCGAAGAUACUUUAAGAGCCAUUUCUCAUGACCCUGAAUGUGGGAACGUAGUAGAAACUUGCAUACGGGACAUUGUAUGGAAUUCCAGUGUAAAACAAAGUGUAAAGGGCAUUGCCACAGCAGGUCUAAUAAAAUCCAUCGUUUACAGUUGGAAAAAAAUUAAAAAAAUGUUGAAGGCAAGUUCUUGGAAGUCUAAGGAUUAA